AUUACAGCCGACGCCAUGGGUUUCAGAGACCUGAAAACCCCCGCCGGCCUCCAGGUGCUCAACGAUUACUGGCACCUGGCGGACAAGAGCUACAUUGAGGGGUACCUGCCAUCACAAGCCGAUGUGGCAGUAUUUGAAGCAAUCUCUGAUCCACCACCCGCUGACCUGUGUCAUGCUCUGCGUUGGUUUAAUCAUAUCAAAUCUUACGAAAAAGAAAAGGUCAGCUUGCCGGGAGUGAAGAAAUCUUUGGGCAAGUAUGGCCCUGCCAGUGUGGCAGAUACCACAGGAAGUGGAGCAGCAGAUGCUAAAGACGAUGAUGACAUUGAUCUCUUUGGAUCUGAUGUUGAGGAGGAAAGUGAAGACGCAAAGAGGCUACUAGAAGAACGCCUUGCUCAGUAUGAAUCAAAGAAAGCUAAAAAGCCUGCAGUUGUUGCGAAGUCUUCCAUCUUGUUGGAUGUGAAGCCUUGGGACGAUGAGACAGACAUGACGAAGCUUGAGGAGUGUGUCCAAAGCAUUCAAGCGGAUGGCUUGGUGUGGGGCUCCUCUAAAUUGGUUCCAGUGGGAUACGGAGUUAAAAAGCUUCAAAUACAGUGUGUAGUUGAAGAUGAUAAGGUUGGAACAGAUAUGCUGGAAGAGCAGAUUACUGCUUUUGAGGACUACGUACAGUCCAUGGAUGUGGCUGCUUUUAACAAAAUCUAAAUCAUCCUUAAGUCUGUGCACUUAAAUAAAGCUUGAAAGAU